AUGAAACAACGUACGUUCGUUUGGCUGAGGAAUGUUAUGGAUAGCUCGCAGGACAUAACUGAAUUAGAAAGUUUGCGAAUAUUAAUUAAUAACUUCAUGGUUUUCGAAAAUGAAGAUGAAUGCACGUAUUAUAUAGAAAACCCAUUAGAAGAUGAUGACAUUAUUCUCAUAAUUAAUAUUCGAUUGGUUGAAAAAAUUCUUUCAAAAGUUCAUGAACUACCACAGAUUUCAGCAAUUUAUAUUUAUGGUUCAUGCCAGAAAGAGUAUAAAGAAUGGACCAAGAAAUAUACGAAGAUCCGUGAAAUAUUUAUUCAAGUGAAUGAGCUUAUUAAGAAGCUUCUUUGUGAUUCCAAAGAACAAGAAAAAAGUACUCAUGAUCAUAUUUCAUUUGAUAUAUUCAAUGGACAUUCAACAAAUGAACUAAAUGGUGCUUUUAUUUAUUCCCAGUUAUUAAUUAACUGUCUAAUUAGAUUACCACUAAGUGAUAAUGAAACUGAUGAAUUUAUAUCAUUUUACAAAAGCUACGAAAAGCAGGAUAAAAUUUGUGUAACAACACUUGAAGAAUUUUUAAGAAAAUAUAAGACAAAAUCAGCAUUGUGGUGGUAUACUACCGACAAUGGUGUAUUUCGAAUACUAAAUGAAGCACUUCGUAAUAAAGAUAUUGAUUUAUUAUAUUACCUUCGCUUCUUUCUUCAUGAUAUCGAAAAAGAAUUACAGGACAUUAAAGCUGAAUCGCUUUCUUCUCCAGUUUAUCGAGGUCAACGUAUUUCAUCCGAUGAAAUAAAAAAGUUACAAACUGCUGUUGGGAAGCUCAUUUCGGUUAAUACAUUCUUCUCAACAUCUCGUGAUUCCAGUGUAUGCUUUUCCUUUCAUGGUUUUAAAUCUCAAGAGAACAAUUUAGAAAAUGUUCUCUUUCAAAUUGACACUGGUUCUCAUUUAAAUGAUGUCAAACCAUUCGCAGAUAUUUCAAUAAUAAGCAGUAAAAAAGACGAGAAGGAACUACUUUUUAUGGCAGGAUCUGUUUUUAAAAUUAAAAAUGUUUGUCUAUACAGCAAAGAGUUCUGGCAUGUUACAAUGGAAUUGUGUUCAAUCAAAGAUGAAGAAUUUAAAUCCUUAAUGGAUUACAUGAACGAUGAAUAUGAACCAGAUGAAGUAAAUCUUUUUUUCUUUGGAAAUAUUCUUUUUAGGAUGGAUAAAUUACAAGAUGCUAAAAAGUACUAUGAUCGUUUUCUCAUCGAAGUAUCUGAUGAUCAUAAUGACAUAUCUGGAUGUUAUCAUUCACUUGGUAUGAUUGAAGAAGAACGUGGAGAUUACGAAGAAAGUUUAAAAUAUUUAACAAAAUCUCUUCAAAUCGACGAACAAUUAUUAUCUAAUAUGAAUCGUUUUGAAGAUCAUUCUAAUAUAGGUUUGAGUUACAAUAGUAUUGCUACUGUGUAUAGUAAAAAAGGUGAUUCUGAACAAGCAAUUGAUGACGAUUGUUUAGAUGUUGCUGGAUGUUAUUACAAUAUCGGUGGUGUUUAUCAGACUAUAAAGAAAUACAUAGAUGCACAGGAUUAUUAUAAGAAAGCACUAGAAAUUCGUCAAAAACACUUGCCUGAAAAUCAUUCUGAUAUUGGUCAAUCACAAUGUUCACUUGGAAAUAUUCAUUUAUUAUUAGAUGAAUUCGAUUUAGCAUUAGAAAAAUAUUAUUUAGCAUUAAAAAUUUUCAACCAAUCAUGUCCUGACCAACAUAUCGACAUUGCUGUCGUCUUAAAAAAUAUAGGACUUCUUUAUGAAAAGAAAAAUGACUAUCAAUUAAGCGUCACCUAUUUAGAAAAAGCAAAAAAUAUUUACAUUAAUCUGGCACUUCAUGAACAUCCAGCAAAACAAAAAAUUGAUGACAGUAUUGUUCGUGUUACUUCGAAAUUAAAAGAAUAA